GGAGCCGCGGGGACGCGGCCUCCUGCACCUUGACCUGUCUAGACGGCCCCCGAAUCCCCUUAGCCCAGUCGGAGGCAUUCCUCACAGACCUCCUGGACAAAGUGUGCGAGCGGAUGAAUGACUACAGACUCGAAGAAGACCCCGUGACGAAGGAGAAGACUUUCAAGAGAUUUGCUCCGAGGAAAGGAGACGAAAUAUACAAAGAAUUUAAAAAAUUCUAUUUUUAUUCAGAUGCUUACAGACCUUUGAAAUUCGCGUGUGAGACUAUAAUAGAAGAGUUCGAAGAUGAAAUAUUUUCACUUAUCACCCAGGAGGCACACCACCUCGCUGACACGCUGUGCGGUGGAAAGUCAGGUCUGUGUGAAACUUCCACUAACCGUACUGAACUCUAGGAAUCACGGUGCUACUAGCAGAGAGGAGUCACGUCUCGGCCCCCAAGGUGUGGAGAUGAAAGGAGAGGUGGAAACUUACAGAAAAUUGCCUUUUGACCACCUUCAUAAUGGUGUGUAGUGAUCUCAUUCUUAGAGAUUUCAUUGUCUUGGGGAUCUCAUUUCUUGGAGAUUUCAUUGUCUCUCUUGAAUUUAUGUUUAGUGAAAUAAAACUUUAAUUGUUUAAA